AGACCGGAAAACCCGACUGAGACGGGAGCUUUCCGCCGUCGGCCGAUUCAACGGCGGAAGUAGUAAAAUUACUAAGAAAAGGGAUCGUUCUUCACCUACCCAUGUGGGUGUGGGCUCGAAAGAAGCGUUUUUCGAAUUCACCACCAUUGAUCUUUUCAGAUGGACGAAUGUCCUCUGUGGUUUGUACUUAACGCAAAGUUUUUUUUUUCUUCUUUCUGAUUGAAAAGAACAGAGUAUUCAAUUCCCGGUAAAUAGACAGGUUGGAUUAAAGCAGAGAGAAGGAACCGGCACAGGUACUGAGUUUUGGGUGGGUUUUAAGAGUGAGAUGUUGUUUGGUGAAUGAAAUCUCUCCUGAAAUGUGUUUUGAUUUACCACUUCCAGAAGGAGCAAUGAAGGCGCAUUAUUGUCGAGAUACGCCCAUUUUUGUCAAGAAAUGAUUUCACCUAAACUCGUUUAGACCUUUGAAAAUUGAUGAUGAAAUAGAAAUGAAGAUUGUGCAGCGUUUUCCAAGACCUUAGGGUGGUUUUUUCUUCUUUCUUCCUCGCGGGGAGCGCGUUCAUUUUUUCUCAUUUCCCCAUUUCGGCUCGCCUCUGACAAGCCGACGGCAUCCUCCACUUCCGAGCUUGCUUGAUCUCUUUUAAUACGUCAGAGAAGUCGGAAGCGGGAGGAGAAAGAGUUUGGACGAAGAAGAAGAAGGGUCAACGAGGCUGCGGAGGAGGAAGAGAGAGAGGCGACUCUGCUGGACACAGGUGAGUAGCGGCACCCUCCGUCACUCAAUUGCACUACAUCUAUCUCGAAAAGGUCGAGAAAUUUACGGACAGGCGGGAAGAGGACUAUUGGGUGGGGGGAGAAGAAGAAGAUAGGAGGAAAUGUUUCUUCGCGCCCUAGGCUGAGAUCGAAAUCUGAGGAUCGGACCUGCUAGGUGGCGGGAAUGGCUUCCCCGGAAGCCGAUUCCCGUGUGGUUCUGCUCGUAAGUGGCGCUCUCGACAAAAUCAUCAAGAACGCUUCCUGGCGGAAGCAUUCCAAGCUCUCCCAUGAGUGCAAAUCAGUGAUCGAGAAGUUGGGUACCCCUUCUGGGGGCACGCCGGAUUCCGAGUCGGAGGACUCCCCUCCAGGGCCCUUGCAGGACGGGGACAUCGUCUUCAGCCUGUCCGAGUCUGAGACGAUACUCAGCCCCCUGAUCGGAGCCUGCUUGUCGGGGGUCCUAAAGAUCGCAGAUCCGGCGCUUGAUUGCAUUCAGAAACUGAUCGUUCACGGGUACGUUCGCGGCGAGGCGGACACUGAUGGAAAUCCAGAGGCGAAGCUCCUUUUCCGGUUGGUCGAAUCUGUCUGCAAAUGCCACGAUUUGGGCGACGAGAGCAUCGAAUUGCUGGUGUUGAGGACGCUGCUCUCUGCCGUUACAUCGACCUCGUUGAGGAUCCACGGCGAUUGCCUCUUGCAGGUCGUUCGCACAUGCUACGACAUCUAUCUGGGGAGCAAGAAUGUCGUGAAUCAGACUACUGCGAAGGCAUCUCUGAUCCAGAUGCUCGUCAUUGUCUUCAGGAGGAUGGAGGCUGAUUCUUCGACUGUGCCUGUGCAACCCAUCGUGGUCGCCGAGCUCAUGGAGCCGACGGAUAAAUCAGGUUCAGGGGAUGCUAACAUGACCCAGUUUGUGCAGGGCUUCAUCACCAAGAUAAUUCAGGAUAUCGACGGCGUUCUCAAUCCGUCGGCCUCCAUAAAGUCCCUGGGCGGUCAUGAUGGUGCAUUUGAAACGACCGUUGAGACCACCAACCCGACGGAUCUGCUGGAUUCGACUGAUAAGGAUAUGCUUGAUGCCAAGUACUGGGAGAUUAGCAUGUAUAAGACCGCUCUAGAGGGAAGGAAGGGGGAGUUGGCUGAUGGGGACGGCGAUAGAGAUGAUGAGGCGGAGGUCCAGAUCGGUAAUAAGCUUCGGAGAGACGCAUUCUUGGUCUUCAGGGCACUUUGCAAGCUUUCGAUGAACCCCCCGACGGAUGCGUCGGCAGACCCAUUAUCGAUGCGCGGCAAAAUUGUAGCUCUGGAGCUACUCAAGAUAUUGCUGGAGAAUGCAGGAGCGAUCUUCCGAACCAGUGAGAGGUUUCUUGGAGCUAUUAGGCAGUACUUGUGCUUGUCUUUGCUGAGGAACAGUGCUUCAACACUCAUGAUCGUUUUUCAACUUUCCUGCUCCAUUUUUAUUAGUUUGGUCUCGAGAUUUAGAGCAGGAUUGAAAGCUGAGAUUGGAGUUUUCUUCCCUAUGAUUGUUCUUAGAGUAUUGGAAAAUGUCGCGCAACCUAAUUUUCAGCAGAAAAUGAUAGUACUUCGCUUCAUGGAAAAGCUCUCUGUAACUUCACAAAUCCUGGUCGAUAUAUUCAUCAACUAUGACUGUGAUGUUCAUUCGCCCAACAUAUUUGAGAGAAUUGUGAAUGGCUUGCUUAAGACUGCCCAAGGGGUCCCUCCAGGUGCAGCCACUACUUUGCUUCCGCCUCAAGAAUACACCCUGAAAGUUGAAGCUAUGAAGUGCUUAGUGGCAAUUUUGAGAUCAAUGGGUGACUGGAUGAACAAGCAGUUGCGGAUCCCAGAUCCUAAUUCUGUUAAGAGAUCUGAAGCGGAUGAAAACAAUAGAGAGGGCACUCCCGACUUGCCCAAUGGUGACACUGAGAAGCCCACAGAUGGAGUAGAUUCUCAUACUGAGCCAGCAAAUGAAGUAUCAGAGGCUGCAGCUCUUGAACAGCGCCGUGCUUAUAAGCUUGAACUACAAGAAGGUAUAUUUCUUUUCAAUCAAAAGCCCAAAAAAGGGAUUGAGUUCCUCAUUAAAGCAAAUAAAGUAGGAGAUUCACCAGAAGAAAUUGCUUCUUUUCUGAAGAAUGCAUCUGGUUUGAACAAGACCUUGAUUGGCGAUUAUCUAGGAGAAAGGGAAGAGUUAUCACUGAAAGUCAUGCAUGCCUAUGUUGACUCAUUUGACUUUCAAGGGAUGGAAUUUGAUGAAGCAAUCAGACGCCUCCUACAAGGUUUCAGGUUGCCUGGAGAGGCACAAAAGAUCGAUCGCAUUAUGGAAAAGUUUGCGGAAUGCUACUGCAAGUGCAACCCAAAGGCAUUUGCCAGUGCAGAUACUGCCUAUGUUCUGGCAUAUUCUGUGAUAUUGCUUAAUACAGAUGCUCACAAUCCAAUGGUUAAAAAUAAGAUGUCACAAGACGAUUUUAUAAGGAACAAUCGUGGUAUUGAUGAUGGCAAAGAUCUCCCUGAAGAAUAUUUGCGGUCCUUGUAUGAACGAAUUUCUCGCAAUGAGAUCAAAAUGAAAGAGGAUGAAUUGAAUUCCCAACAUCGUCAAUCUACAAAUUCCAACAGAAUCUUGGGGCUUGACAGUAUUUUGAAUAUUGUUAUCCGCAAGAGAGGGGAAGAGAAAACCAUGGAAACAAGUGAUGACCUCAUUAGGCAUAUGCAGGAGCAGUUCAAAGAAAAAGCACGCAAAUCUGAAUCAGUUUAUUACGCUGCUACAGAUGUUGUUAUAUUAAAAUUCAUGGUUGAGGUCUGCUGGGCUCCAAUGUUAGCUGCUUUCAGUGUUCCACUUGAUCAAAGUGAAGACGAAGUUAUUCUCUCUGAAUGUCUUGAAGGUUUUCGACAUGCCAUUCAUGUUACUGCAGUAAUGAGAAUGCAGACCCACAGAGAUGCAUUUGUCACUUCACUUGCAAAAUUUACUUCGCUGCACUCGGCUGCAGAUAUAAAACAGAAAAAUAUUGAUGCCAUUAAGACGAUUGUGACAAUUGCUGAUGAAGAUGGUAAUUAUUUACAAGAAGCAUGGGAACAUAUUUUGACAUGUGUUUCAAGAUUUGAACACUUACACCUUCUAGGUGAAGGUGCUCCGCCUGAUGCUACCUUCUUUGCGGUGCCUCAGAAUGAUCUGGAUAAAUCUAAACAGUCAAAAUCGACUAUGCUUCCUGUCCUUAAGAAGAAGGGACCUGGACGGCCGCAGUAUCCAGCUGCAGCUGCCAGAAGAGGUUCGUAUGACAGUGCUGGUGUUGGUGGAGAUGCCUUUGGUGUAGUGACAAGUGAACAGAUGAAUAAUUUAGUGUCCAAUUUGAACUUACUGGAGCAAGUAGGAGAAAUGAAUCGAAUUUUUAUACGAAGUCAGAAAUUGAACAGUGAAGCAAUAGUAGAUUUUGUGAAGGCACUUUGUAAAGUAUCCAUGGAAGAGCUUCGAUCUGCAUCUAAUCCUCGGGUUUUCAGCCUGACAAAGAUUGUUGAGAUUGCGCAUUAUAAUAUGAACCGUAUCAGGCUUGUAUGGUCAAGCAUCUGGCAUGUACUUGGUGAAUUUUUUGUGAAUAUUGGUUGUUCUGAAAACCUCUCUAUUGCAAUUUUUGCCAUGGAUUCCUUGCGGCAAUUGGCGAUGAAGUUUCUAGAGAGGGAAGAACUGGCAAAUUACAAUUUCCAAAAUGAGUUCAUGAAACCUUUUGUCAUUGUUAUGCGGAAAAGUAGUGCAGUUGAAAUUAGAGAACUGAUAAUCAGAUGCGUGUCACAAAUGGUGCUGGCCCGUGUCAACAAUGUUAAAUCAGGCUGGAAAAGCAUGUUCAUGGUUUUUACCACUGCUGCCUAUGAUGACCACAAAAACAUAGUGCUGUUGGCUUUUGAAAUCAUUGAGAAGAUUGUUCGAGAAUAUUUCCCUUAUAUAACUGAAACUGAAACAACAACUUUUACAGAUUGUGUCAACUGCUUGAUUGCAUUUACAAACAGCAGAUUCAACAAAGAUAUUAGCCUCAAUGCAAUUGGUUUUCUGCGGUUUUGUGCUGCCAAGCUUGCAGAGGGAGAUCUUGGUUCCUCGAUGAGGAACAAAGAAACUGCCAGCAAACCUGCUUCCCUGUCACCCCGUGCAGGAAAAGAUGGAAAAAUUGACAGCCCACAAUUUACUGAUAAAGAUGAUCACUUGUACUUUUGGUUUCCUUUGUUGGCUGGGUUAUCAGAACUUAGCUUUGAUCCUAGACCGGAGAUCAGGAAAAGUGCCCUGCAAGUUCUUUUUGAUACACUACGGAACCAUGGUCAUCUGUUCUCACUGCCACUCUGGGAGCGAGUUUUUGAUUCUGUUCUUUUCCCUAUUUUUGAUUAUGUUCGCCAUGCAAUUGAUCCAUCAGGUGACAUGUUGCAAGGGCAUGGAUUAGAUGUUGAUGGAAGCGAGCUGGACCAAGAUGCUUGGCUCUAUGAGACAUGCACAUUGGCUCUACAACUUGUUGUGGACCUCUUUGUUAAGUUCUACAAUUCUGUUAAUCCAUUACUCAAGAAGGUGCUAAUGCUGCUGAUAAGUUUCAUUAAACGACCUCAUCAGAGCCUUGCUGGCAUUGGCAUUGCAGCUUUUGUCCGUCUUAUGAGCCAUGCAGGGGGUUUGUUUUCUGAGGAUAAGUGGCUAGAAGUGGUUUCAUCACUUAAAGAAGCAACUACUGCCACACUUCCUGAUUUCUCAAAGGUUCUUGAUGAAAUGAAUAGAGCUUCUGUCAUUAGUAGUGCAGAAGACUCAUCCAGCAAACAAGGUGAGUCUUCUACUUCUACUGUGCCUGACGAUGACAUGGAGAACUCUAAAGGGCAGAGCUUGUACCUUGCCAUUGCUGAUGUCAAGUGCCGGACUGCUGUUCAACUUUUACUUAUCCAGGCUAUUAUGGAGAUCUAUAACAUGUACAGGGGCCAUCUUUCUGCAAAGAACACAGUGGUACUCUUUGAUGCCUUGCAUGUCAUAGCAUCUCAUGCCCACAAAAUAAACAGUGAUGCUGUACUACGGUCUAAGUUGCAAGACCUAGGUUCGAUGACACAGAUGCAGGAUCCCCCCUUGCUGCGCCUUGAGAAUGAAUCAUACCAAAUAUGCCUAACAUUGUUGCAGAACCUAAUACUUGACAAACCUGUCAAUUAUGGAGAUGUUGAAGCUGAAGAUUUCCUCAUUGACCUGUGCAAAGAAGUAUUACAGGUUUACCUCGACACUGCACAGUAUUUUCCACUGGCUGAUGUAGCUAAUGUUCGGCCUCAGUGGUUAAUUCCGCUAGGCUCAGCACGACGAAGAGAGUUGGCUGCACGUGCACCACUUAUUGUUGCUACUCUUCAGGCCGUCACUGGAUUGGAGGAGUCUUCAUUUGAGAAGAACCUAGCUCAAUUCUUCCCAUUGCUCUGUGGCUUGAUUAGCUGUGAGCAUGGAUCAGGAGAAGUUCAGGUGGCACUCAGUGACAUGUUGAACACAUGGGUGGGUCCAAUUUUGCUUAAAUCGUGUUGACCCAGCUUCUUUUCAAUGUAUGAUAUUCCCCUCUAGGUAUUCCUUUUUCAUUUUACAUGAUUGUUUGUUGGUCUGUAGAUCGAUAGCAUGUGGAGAGAGAGAGAAGAGAGCGAGAGCGAGCGAGGGAGAGAGACUUGUCAUUUUCAAAGUAAUUGUAGAAGCAUAGUUUACUUGUCAGAAUCAAAAUUUAUCGUGUUUAUUACAAAAUUCUUCGGCCUUCGUGUGUACCAUUUAUAUUUGCUCAACAUUCAGCUACUUUUAUUUGAUUGUUGCCAAUGUUCAUAUUCUUUUAUGAUA